CAGCCCUAAACAAUUUAAAACACCGAUCUGAGCUAGUUUAUAAACUCAAGAUGCCUUGUUUGUUCAUUUGUUUCAAACCAUAAAUGCAUCAUAGUUUACUGUAUUAGUUUAUUAUUUAUGUAAGUAGAAAGAUUGUCAGAAGUAGUAGGUUAUGCUUUCUUGUGACAGCGACAACCUGGAAAAAAACUUGCAGGAAGUUUUUACAAUUAAUAUUAUAAUCAAAACUGUUAGCUGUGUUUGUGGGGUCAUAUUCUGAGGAGGCCAAGCCCCCCACCCCAUUCAACCCUAUUAAUGCCCCUGUUGGAGACGUUUAAAGCAGCAAAACAAAAGUGGGUAUAUGGAGGGUAUACACAAAUAAAUCCUUAGAAGUUGCUAUACACAAACAACCAUGUGGAAAAGUUUUAAAGCUAAUACAUCUGCAGUCAACUGAUGACUCCAGCCUGCUGUUUUAAUGAUCAUGACGCAAUACAGCAUCCAUUUGUGAGGAAAAACACUUAUGAGUAUGAACUUAUGAGAUGGAGGUCAGAUUUAUUGCAUGUGUUAUUUCCUUGUACAACAGCAAAAUAAGUGACUAAAGCAGCAUGGCAAUUAUGUUAUUUUAUAUACCUUUAAAUAAUGGUGUUAAAGACUAAAAAGGUUUAGUCAAGUGUCAAAAUUCAGUUUCACUGCAUUAAGGUUUAUUUUCAUAUUUGCAGCUUUUGUAUAGCUCUGCGGUAGAGCAUUGUGUUAGCAGCACAAAAGGUGAUGGGUUCAAACCGAGGGAACAUGCUGAUUAAAACAUGUACCUUUUAAUGCACUGUGUUUUUGGAUGAAAGCGUCUGCCAAAAAAUAAAAAUGCAAAAAAUGUCAUGUAAAAUAAGCCUAGACAUUAAAUGUGAGUGUGUUUGUGUAAAGCUAAACUGUGAAUGUAUGAUGCCAUUUCACCAAAUACAUGUUGCUAUUUAAAACAUGAUGAGCUUUUAGCUUAUAUUGAAUUAAGCUGAUUUCUGUUCAUAUCCUGUUAUUUGGAAGACAUUAAUGACAUAUCUGAACAAAUAAUGAACUGAGUGUUUCUGAAAGAAAAUUGAUCAACAUUUAAUCUUGUAGCAACCAGAUUUUAUCAAAGAGCAGUGCUGAGUUCACAGAAUUGAAUUUUCAUGGGACAAAUGUACAUUAAUUACCAUGUUCUGCCAUACACCAUCAUCUGAAAUAAUGUUUUCAUUUAUCUUGGAUAGGUUGGUUACGUCAAUGUUUAGAAAUCUUUUGAAACAACACAUCAAGUUGGUCUGAGUACACAAGAAAGCGUACAGCCUUUCAAAUCCCUUUAAUUUAAUGUACUUAAUUUAAACAAAUUACAGUUUGCAAGUUUCUUACAACAUAUCGAUGAAAAUAAUUUAUAAGUAUAAUUCCAUUGUGUGUGGAUGUGUGUGUUAUGUGUUUGAGCCAGGCACAAAAGGCCACACCUCCGUCCACUGAUCAGGACCAUGUGGUCCCACUUCAAGAAGCUGCCUUAUAAAUCAAGAAGUCGUGUGCUGUCCUUUGCUAAGAACGCAGAACACUGCAGUGAAAAGGUUCAAGCAGAUCAUUGAAAGUGUGGCUGAAUUUAAUCUUAUAUGCGAGUUGAGUAUGAUGCCGAACACAGUUUUUUUCUGCUGGAUUAUGAUGAAUGUCAUGGUGAUGGCAUCUCAUCCAAACCUGAAGCGCAGUCAAAGUUCAUUUACCUUUUCUGAUACUGAUUUUCUACCUGAAGUCGAUCCAUAUCAAUUUGAAAUAAGCUCAGCAGAAGAAAAACCGAUAGAGGAUCUUGGCUUCUAUGAUGAGGACAUGGGUAAAGCUCUACAGCUGCAGAGAAGAGGCACUCGCUCCCCCAGUCGCUGUAUCCCGCAUCAGCAGUCCUGCCUGGGCCACCACCUGCCUUGCUGCAACCCCUGCGAUACGUGCUACUGUCGCUUCUUCAAGGCUUUCUGUUACUGUCGCAGCAUGGACCACACCUGCAAACAUGAUCAUGCAUAGAGCCAGCCAUUAACCUGAACUGGUUAAUGGCUGCAUACAUUUACAGCUUGUACAGCCAAUGAAUGUGAAUAUGGACAUUGCAGACAUACUUUAAAAUACAGCCUUACAUUCACAAUAAGGUUUCUUAUUAUUUAUGCAAAUAUAAUAUGCACAAAGCUAAGGUGAAAUUUUAUUGCAAUUUGUUGUCUUAAAUAUUUUGUAUAUGUAAUUUCAAUAAACCAGGGUUAUUGCAUAAAGUAAGUCUAUGUUGAGUAAAUAUAUAAAAA